AUGAUCCGCCCGCCCACGCCGGAUCCUCCCGCUCCCCACCCUUCUCCUUCCCAACGCACCUGCCCUAACCUCUCGUCCUUCUUCCCCACACCUGCCGUACCCCCCAUCUCCCGCACACCUGCCCUACCCCCCAUCUCCCGCACACCUGCCCUCCCCCCCAUCUCCCCCACACCUGCCCUCCCCCCCAUCUCCCCCACACCUGCCCUUCCCCCCAUCUCCCCCACUGCAGGCGGUCGUCUGCGGUCGUCUGUAAACCGCCCGCCAACACCGGAGCCUGAGGGGCGGGUGGGGGGAGGAGGGGAGCCCACGUCGCUGCGACAAGUGGUGGACGCUAAGCUGUUGGAGAGUGGGGAGAAGGAGCGAUUAAAGACGUUGUUGAGGGACAGGCUGGAGGAGUGUGGGUGGACGGAUGACCUUCUGGUCUACGCCAGAGCAUAUGUGAGCAAGGUGGGGCGUGAGAACGUCUCAUUGGAGGAGCUCAUACGGGUCAUCACACCCAAGGGUCGAGCAUCUGUGCCAGGUCCAGUGAAGGCAGAGCUGCUUCAACGCAUCCAGUCAUUCCUCACUACAAAGUGA